AUGGCCAAGUAUUGGAUUGAGUCCACGGAGAGGAUAAUGGAUAAUCUAGAUUGCAGCUCCGAGCAGAAAUUAGAGGGUGUAGUCUCGCUGCUGCGUUAUGAGGCUUGUCAAUGGUGGCUUAUUGUUAAGGAGGGCACUCAGCUCGAACGUCUGACUUGGGAGUUCUUUAAGACCACCUUCCAGGGGAAAUAUGGAGAUCGAUCAGUGGUCGAGUAUGAGACCAAAUUCCUACAACUGAGUCACUAUGCGCGAGGUAUGGUGGAGACUGAGUAUGAGCGUUAUGUCCGCUUUGAGGAUGGCCUCAGAGAUACUUUGAGAGUCCUGAUAACUCCACAGAAGGAGCGUGAUUUUUCUUCACUGAUGGAGAAGGCGAAGAUCAUCGAGGAGGUUAAGCACGUUGAACGCCAAAACUGUGAUAGGGAGAGAGGUAGGAACAAGAGGGAUUCAAAGCCCUCGAGUUCUGUGCAGAGGCCUAAGAAAAAUGCCAGAGCUGAUGGACCAGUUAGAGCAGGGCUCCUUGUUAUUGCUACUGGAUUGCAGCUAUGUGUCGACUGUGGUAGACGCUAUUAG